AAAAUUAGCUCAAUCCUACAAAAAAUGAAAAUUGGCCCAAAAAGAGAUGUAUGCCCUUUUUGCACAAAAUCAUUCAACUGGAAAAAUUGUUGCAAAAUUAUAGAACUGUGUCCUAUUGUUUGUUCCAUGCAGCUGAAAUCAAACGAGGUUGUGUUGAUCAUAUGGAUUUUUUAAGAAUGACUUCAAGAAGGCAACACCUAAAUAACAUAUUUUCAGUGAUGGAAACCUGAAUAUAAUGGUCUAGUGUUAUUAAAUAUUGCUAUAUAGGUACAAAUGUAAGCUAAAAACAGUGGUAAAGUUGGUUAAUACAUGACAACUGCAAAAAUUUGCAAAAACUUUCAGAUGAAUAUAAUUUUGGACCAAAAAAGUGUUCGAAAAUAACACUGUCCAGGAAAUUUUUUAAUGUCUGAAAUUUGAAGCAUCCGAAAUAUUUACAGUUCAGUAUAAAACCUUUAAAUAGCUGCAAAGCUGUUAGUUUCCUUUAUGGGGCAGACUCUAGUUGAGACACAGAAUGAGAUACGUAAAGGCUUGAUAGACUUUGUGUUGUUUUCCCAUUGUUGUAUCUGUAAAACCUUUAGGGUACAGUAACACAAUCACAGAAUGUUGUUUCAGUCUAAUUUGUGUUUUGUAGGCGUAAAUUCACAUUGGCUGUUUCAUCAAGGGCCCAAAAUAUUUCAUCUGAAAUUUGUUCGAAAUAAGAUACAAAGUGUUCCAAAAUUAAACAUCCAAAAUAAAGUGCUUUUGCCUCAGGAUUGAGCAGUCCAGGUUCAAGCCCUUAUUGGGGACAUUGUGUUGUAUUCUUGGGCAAGACACUCUACUCUCACAGUGCCUCUCUCCUGGCACUCAGGUGUACAAUUGGGUACCAGCAAAUUUAAUUCUGGGGGCAUCCCUGUGAUGGACUAACAGGAGUAGAAAUACUCCUAGUCGCUUCAUGCUACAGAAACCGGGAUAAGCUCCGGCCUGAUGGGCCACUUGGCUUGUAUGCACACUUAACCUUUUACAUUUCUUGACACAGAGCUGAUGUUUGGAGUGAAGAUUGUUGUGACUGGCGACAAAGCACCCAAGGGUGAGAAUGCUGUCAUCAUCAUGAACCACAGAUGUCGCCUGGACUGGUUGUUCUUUUGGAGUGUUGUGGCUCGAUACGGCGAGCUAAAACACGAGAAGAUUAUAAUGAAACAUGAACUGAAACAUAUUCCUGGUCCAGGUUGGGCCAUGCAGAAUGCCUUGUAUAUUUUCUUGAAACGUCGCUGGGAACAAGACGAGAGCUAUCUUAAUUCAGUUCUUAGUUAUUUUGUGAAUUAUUCAGACUGUUUACAACUGCUUUUGUUUCCUGAGGGUACUAAUUUUGAAGAUGUAAGUAAACAAAAGAGUGAUUCUUUUGCAAAGAAAAACAAUCUUCCCUUCUAUGACUAUGUGCUACAUCCUCGUGUUCGUGGCUUUACCUACUGUGUAGAGAAACUGCGUCAAGGGAAACUUGAUGCUAUCCAUGAUGUUACUGUAGGCUAUUCUGAAAAUUAUUGCUUUGAAGAACUCGAUCUUCUUCGAGGAAAUGUACCAAGUGAAAUCCACUUUCAUAUUCAGCGUUUCUCUGAUGAGGAGCUUCCGCAAGACUCGCAAGGUCUUGAGGAAUGGUGUUGUAAUCAGUGGAAAGACAAAGAGGACAGAUUGAAAAGAUUUUAUACUGAGGGCAAGCAGUUUGGUGCCCCUUCUGAGUUGGCUCAGGGAAAACAGGAUGAAGUUGAAACAGCAGUCAGGUUUCUGUUUCUAAAAGGCCUCAUAUUCUGGCUGGUGUUUAGCAUCAGUGUCUCAUUUCUGAUGUACAUCUCGGCACUGGUAAGGUGGUAUGUCCUCCUGUUUGGAGCUGUGUUUACUUUGUUGUCACUUUGUGGCGGAACGGAUAAAAUAUUUCUUCAGCAAAGCCAGAAGCCUUUAAAUAUCAAGACCAAGUGAGGAAGGUGAAGAACAUGAACUAGGAAAUUUUAUCAGUUCCUUUAUUUUGAAUAAUUAUGCCCUUCACAGAGCAGUUUUCAAUUGAGCGUCGUAAAACCAAAACCAAACCAA